UUGGUUACAAGUAGGACAAACAACUUUGAUAAUGUCGCUGUUUUUCUUCCACAGAAGUCACAUCAGGAUUUCAGAUCGAUUCCCAAAGUGCUAAUUGAAAAAGCCGUGCAGUCUUACUCUUCCAGCACUCUCGCAAGAAGCACUGAACAAUCCUGUCGCCCUAUUCAAACAUUUUUGCGUCAAAAUAUACCAGAAAGCCGAUUAUCAUCAGGAAUAGAAGCGCGUUUAAGGGAGCUGAGACAGAGCUUCUCACAGCGAACUGAACUCAUCAAGAAACGAGAUUUUGCUGUUCAAGAGGAGAAGUUGGAAAGCAGUGAAGAUGAGACGGCUAAUCUUCAGACCACUACCUCAGCAGAAGGUCAAUUAGACGUUGGUUAUACAGCCGAGGAAGAGAAGCACUCAUUGUGGCAAAACCCUCCACGCUCCCUGCACAUUAGACGCCCUCCCUGUUUCAUUGACAUUAGUCCUCACAAAGGCUCCUUUCUAAAAGCUGAAGAUGCCCGUCUCUACUAUAUUGUCAUUGACGAUGGCGGUGAUUUGGCUCCGGAACCAAACGGAGUUGAAUUUCUUGGAAUAUCAACUGAUAUUCCUACAACUUGGAGGUUUGUUCUGCCCACUUGGCUUCCAACUCCUAAGGAAUUUGCUAGUGUCACAAUUGAACCAAAUGGAAUAUUUUACAUCGUUUGGAUAUUCUUCGUAAUGCUCGCAUUCAUUUAUAACAGCGUUGCAAUACCAAUCCGCGAAGCCUUUGAUAUUUAUGACAAAUUGGAACAUCAAGCAAUGUGGGUAACGUGUGACAGUUUGGCAGAUAUUAUAUAUUUGGCAGAUUUGAUUAUUAUCAAACCGCGAAUUCAAUUUAUCGACCAGGGUGUUGUUAUGCUUCCGGUAAUGAUUGAAUUCUUUGAUCGAGUCGACUUACGCGUCAGUAUUGGUUUUGCAGUUCGACUGGCCAAGACAAUGGUAUAUCUCAUUUACGUUAUCCAUGUUGAAACUUGCGGUUAUUACGCCUUCAAUCGAUUUCAUGGCCUCAACGCAUCCGAUUGGUCAAUCAGUAAAAACAGCAAUAAUAAUAAUCCUUACAUCUACUCAUUCUACGUUGCAACAAAGAUGGCCACUUCAAUUGGAAAUCUUCCUCAUGCCACUAACCCUCCUGAAUUCAUUUUUAUGACCGUGUAUUGGCUGACGGGAGUCUACGUUUCCGCUAUUCUGAUUGGUCAGGUCAUCGACAUCUUGGACAGCCAGAGCGCAGAUAAAGAGGCCUACAAGAAACGCAUGGGUGCUACUCUAACCUACUUGAAAUGUAUUAAGGCACCUGAGGAGGACAUUAACACAGUUCGAACUUGGUUCAAUCACAAUUGGAAUCAGCAGAAGACGCUGGAUGAAAAUAUGCUAAUUGAUGCCCUUCCGCUGAAACUGAAGAGAGAUGUUUUGAUUGAUGUGCACUACCAGACGCUGAGUAAGGUAUCACUAUUUAAGGACUGCGAAAGGACAAUGAUACUUGAUCUGAUUUGCAAAUUGAAACCGGUUUUAUUUUUACCUGGGGCUCUGAUCUGUGAAAAGAACGAGGAAACCUUCAUCUUAUUGAUUCCCUCAGUUAUUGCAGGCCAUGGAAGUGGGAAACAAUGUGACCGAAUGAAUGAUGGAUGUGGUCAGAUGUAUGGGGAAUUCACUUCUUGA